AUGCAGCUUACCAAAGUCUGUCUUUCCUUCAGUGUAUUUGCAGCUGCUUUCGCGCAGUCUAAGAUCAAGAUCAUGCCUCUGGGUGACUCCAUCACCGAGAUAACUUGCUGGAGAGCCCUGGUAUGGGACCAGUUUGUCAAGGAGAAUCUUGCCGACAAGGUGCAAUUCGUUGGCUCCAUGACCAACAACCCCCAAAAUUGCCGAGCACAGUCUGGCUCUUUUGACCUCCAUCAUGAGGGCCACUCAGGUUGGCUUUCCAUCAACAUCGCCAACCAGUACCUACAGGGGUGGCUGGCAAGCACUAAGCCUGAUAUUGUGCAGUUCAUGCUUGGCACCAACGAUGUAGCGCAAGGGCGCACGACCAACGACAUUGUCGCUUCGUACACGAGGAUGGUAGGGUUGAUGAGGGCGUCCAACUCGCGUAUGAAGAUUCUGGUUGAUCGCUUGAUCCCGUUGUCCUUUAACGGGGGUGGAAUCGAUACUUUGAACUAG